AAUGGAGAUACAAAGUCCGAGCCAAACAUCAAUUUGCUCUUGGUCCUUUUGCCGAAAUCCAUGAGUUGUCUGUUUCACAAACACUGAACCCCAUAUUCAUAUACUCUGUCUGCAAGUUGCCUCCCACGAGCACCGCCAGUGGGACACUUUUCUUGCUUUGACCAGAAUAUCUUCGCUUUUGAAUUCCCUGUGCAAUGCGGGAGGGUUGUCCAGGGAUGCACAGUUGAACGGUGAGAUUGGAAACAGCAGCAAGCGACAACACCGAGGACCAGCGAAUCUCCUAAGAACCAAUUCUGGAGACACAAUAUCUCUCGCCUGAUGAAUCUGGUGAUGAAAUCACCAUCAGGAUCAAAUCUGCUUCCUAUGCCUUCGACGACUUUCAAACUCGAGCGACGCCGGGGCUCUAGGAGGUUCUCCCAGCAGAAGUUGUUCUUGGGUACCCUCAUCUUCGUUGCAGCUCUCCUCGCCUUUCCUCUCCUGCGACAUGUACGAGACGACACUUGUUCAGCUUCUCCUUUUCUGCUUCGGGCGGGUCUGUGCAGCACGGUUUUUCAUGCUCUGUGGAACAUAUUCCAUCAUCUAGGUGGAAACGGGCCCUGGAUCCGCAAAUUACACAGUGUUAACUAUUACGAUUCACCCCUACCCAAGAAAUGCUCCGUGGAUCAAGUGCACAUGUUAUCACGGCAUGCUGAACGAUACCCGACAAAAGCAGCUGGCUCUCGGCACAUCGACCUCCUCAGCCGACUUAAGGAUUCGGAGGUGAAUCUCACAGGGUCGCUAUCAUUUCUCAAAGAGUGGACAUAUUUUACGGAUCUCUCCAAUCCCGCGUUCGAGAAUCUAACAGCCACUGGCCCAUAUGCUGGAACACGACAGGCCUCUAACACGGGUAGGGUUCUGCGGCAGCGGUACAACCAUCUUGUAUCCGACGGCCGCAGGACCAAUUUCUGGUCUUGCAGCUCUCCGCGAGAUGUUGAGACCGCAGAACACUUUGCCACUGGAUUCUUUGGCCCAGACUGGAGGUCUGAUGGUUCGGCGGCGCUGGUGGUAAUUCCCGAGGAUGAAGAUCGAGGCGCAAAUACGCUUACCCCGGGAGACACCUGUCUCAAAUACCGCAACGACAAAGAGCACGGUCACGAUCACGGAUAUGCGAAGCUGGCAGAGUGGCAGCGCACAUUCUCCCAAGCCAUCGCCGAGAGACUCGCCAACGAUGCAGAGGGCAUGAUAUUCAGCCCACUUGACGUCUAUGGCAUGAUGGAAAUGUGCGGUUUCGAGAUCCUGGCGAGGGGGAAGAGCCCGUGGUGCGAUGUGUUCGAGCAACACGAGUGGCUCCAAUUCGAAUAUGCGCGUGACUUGUUACACUAUUAUCGAGCUGGCCCCGGUAAUAAGUUUGGUGCCAUAUUGGGUUGGCUGUGGCUCAAUGCAACGCAGCAACUCAUGUCAAACCACUCGUCCCAAGACGUCUAUUUCAGCUUCGUCCACGACGGUGACAUUGUCCCUGCGUUGGCCACCUUGGGAAUCUUUGACGAGUCUUUGGGCCUGGGCCAUCUACCUACUGACCGGCUAGUGACCGAGCGGAAGUGGAAGACAAGUGACGUGGUCCCAAUGGGCGGACGGUUGAUAUUCGAACGUAUAACUUGUGAGACGGAUGGAGGGCUGACCGAAAUAGGGCGAGGGCAUGCCGUCCGGCUCUUUAUCAAUGAUGGGCUGAUUGACUUGGCCAAGUUGACCGACAUGGAUCCAUUCAGCCACGUAGAAGGUGCAGUGUCGCUGGAGAGCUUCCAAACCUCCCUGUCCAUCAAAGGGACACAGCUGGGGAAGUUCCGAGAGAUCUGCUCCUUACCAGACGACGCACCAGAUGGAAUCGAUUUUCUGCAUCAAUAG